AGAAGAAUUCUCAAGGUGUAUUUCAUUCUCUCUUUUACACCACUUCAACUUCUAGUGAAAUAUCUGAUCAAUUAAUGGCUCAGUAUUUCUUUUUGUUUGUUUUGGUGUUUGCCAGCCAACUGAUGGCUGGAUUCAAUGCACCGCUACCGCUACCAUCUCCGUCAUAUGGAAAUCAUACAACCAUUCUCAGCAUAGACGGUGGUGGUAUCAGGGGCAUUAUUCCUGCGACUGUUCUUGAAUACUUAGACAAGGCUCUUAAGGCUAAGGAUCCAACAACAUCUUUAGCCCAUUAUUUUGAUGUGAUAUCAGGAACUAGUACUGGUGGCCUCAUGACUGCUAUGUUAGCAGCCCCAAACUCAUCUAAUGCCAAUAGUCCUCUCUUUACUCCCUCGGAAGUCGUGCAAUUCUACAAGAACUAUGGCCCUAAAAUAUUUGAACCUAGAGCUUGGUAUGAUCUUGACAAAUGUCCCAAAUUCAAUGGAGAGUUCUUACAUGAUAUAACUCGUAAGAUAUUGAAAGAAACACGACUGAAUAAAACAUUGACGAACGUGGUAAUACCAACUUUCGACGAGAGGAAAACCAAGCCAGUUAUAUUCUCAAACUAUAAGCUCAAGACGGAAACUUACUUAAAUGCCAAACUCUCAGAUAUAUGCAUCGGGACUUCGGCUGCACCGACUUAUCUACCGCCGCACCAAUUUCAGAAUGACGGUGUUCAAUUUGAUUUGGUUGAUGGUGCUAUGUCUGCUAAUAAUCCAGCGUUGGUUGCUGUGAGCGAAGUGAUACAACACAAUGAGCAUAAAGAAAUCCUGUUGCUGUCAUUAGGAACAGGAACAAUAAAAGCUGAGGAGAAGUUAUCUGGCAUCUUUGAUGGCUUGUGUCAACUUGAGUGGCUAGUUAGCAGCACUAACGUUUUUAGUGAGGCUCUAUAUAGUACAAACAUGAUCCACUACUAUCUUGCCACAGUGUUUCCAGGUGUUUUGCCUGCGGAUAACUAUCUUCGAAUUGAGGAGUAUAACCUGGAUCCAUCCAUGGAAGAAAUGGAUAAUGCUGACAAGAAAAACAUGGAUAAUCUUGUAAAGGUAGGAAAAAACCUCUUGCUCCAAAAAGCUUUGAGGAUGAAUGUGAAUACUUUUGUCCCAGUUGAACUAGACCAAACAAAUGCUGAAGCUCUUGACAGGUUGUCUGAGAAAUUAUAUGCAGAGAGGCAGUUGCGUCUGAAAAGGAAAUCUAUGGAAAAAGGAGGAAGCCGAAUUAUUGAAUCUGUCAAAGUCCCUUCUGGCCGAAUGCAUGCAACUUAAGCAAUAUUGUUAUUAGACGUAUUUGAAUAAAUGUCAUGUAUAUGACCUUAUAUUAUCCUGUGUGUUUUAUCCAUGUCUGUUGUAAUAAGGUUCAUUGCUUUUCGGGUUCUAUGUAACUCCUAAUUGGGUGGACCAUAUAUGGAUCCUGUUACAAGUUUCAAUGCUUUUGAGUUCUAUGUAACUCCUAAUUCCAAGCUCUAUUGGAAUUAAAUAUCAAUGUAUCCUUGUUUGUUGCUUUUC